GGAUUCUCACUUCCUGGUCCCUGUUACCUUGACCUUGCCAUGAAAGCCUAGAGACUGAAGGAUACUGCACCCCCUCCAGCUCGUGCACUGAGGUAGAUAGUGAUGGUGGCCCCUGCCGGAGGAUAGGCCUGGACUCACAAUGGUCGUCCUGUCUAAAGAACAUGGCUACGUGCUCCUGACUGGUGCAGCCAGCUUUGUAAUGGUUGCACACCUUGCAAUAAGUGUGUCCAAAGCCCGCAAGAAGUAUAAAGUAGAGUAUCCCAACCUAUAUAGCGAUGAUCCUGAAAAUGGCAAGAUUUUCAACUGCAUCCAGCGGGCCCAUCAAAACACUCUAGAAUCAUAUCCUGCUUUUCUGUUUUUUCUUGCUGCUGGAGGACUUACACAUCCACGUGCUGCUAGUUUGCUUGGUGUUACCUGGAUUGUUGGCAGAGAGCUGUAUGCUGCUGGAUACUCUACAGGAGAUCCAAAGAAACGUGCUAGAGGAGCCAUUGGAUCUAUCGCUCUGUUCGGUCUCUUUGGCUCUACUGUAUGUUCUGCAUUCAAGUUGCUGGGCUGGUCUUUGAACCCAAAAACCUGGUGUUAAACUGAUAAGUGGUAAAACGGGACCAGAUGUGUGGAGUCACUAUAAUUCAUCCCCUGUCUCACCCUAAUUGUGGAUCAGGCCUACUUAUUCAAUUAGGAUACAGUUAAAUUUUAUAAAUAAAAAAAUAAUAUAAAAAGU